AUGCAUCACCACCGCAGAAAGUCUGGCCAUGGCCACAACACCUCCAUGACCGACGUCCGGAAAUCCGUCACGACUUCUGACCCGACUUCGAAAUACAGGAGGCCCGGCAUGACAAGGCGUCAUACCCCUGUGAGUGCUCAGAAACUGGGCCGCAGUCACCGUGAGCGGGAACGGGACUACCAAGACGCCUGGCAGGACGAGCGGGAAAGCUUUCCACAAUACUGCUGCCGACGCGUGGAUCAACAAAACUCGUUUUCGCACUCGUCACAGAUGCAGGCAUAUGCCGUCAGCAGCAGCCUGUCAUGUCACUCCACUGGAAACCCGGAACCAAGAGACAUCAUCCCUAGGGCUUCACCCUCUCGACCAAAUUCCAUGCACUUCAGCCAGUCCCCGCCGGCGUCGCCAGGGACGAUGCCGACCUCCCAUCACACCUCGGCACUAUCUGCUCUGCGGUCUCUCAACAUUGGACCGCCUAGCCCUCCGUCUCCCACAGGAAGCAAUGGCGGCAGUCUCUGGCCGUUCACCCGGAGUGUUGUCACGAGUCCCGCAAGUUCUUAUCGACGCCCACCUGGCCCAUAUCUGUCAUCAACAUAUGAUACGGGCCAUCACUAUGGCACCGGUGCUUAUACGUACGACUCGGGCUCGUACGGUCUGGACAGGCCUCUUCCAGCCCGGCAUCCCGGAGCGUACUCUCGACCCAAGAGUAUUGAGCUAGUGACUCCGGUUCUGGGCCGGUAG